AUGCGUGCCCCUUCUUCGUAUCACUGGCAGUGUCUCAAGCGCCUACUACGCUAUGUUUGUGGUACCAUCUCCUAUGGUCUUGCUGUUCGGCGGGCAUCCCUUCCCUUGCAACUCACUGCUUUUUCCGACUCUGAUUGGGCUGGCAAUCAAGAUGAUCGCACCUCCACCUCUGCCUAUCUGCUUUACUUGGGCUCCACCCUCAUCUCAUGGCGGUCUCAAAAGCAACGGACUGUUUCUCGUUCCGGUACAGAGGCUGAAUAUCGGGCAAUCGCUCAUGCCACUGCUGAGUUGGAAUGGCUUCAGCUCCAAUCCUCGCUUCCAUUCUCGUAUGAAGCAUUUGGCACUCGACUUGCACUUUGUUCGUCAACUAGUCCAAGCUGGCCGCCUCAACGUCCACUAUGUGCCCAGCAGCUCACUGAUGCUCUCACCAAACCACUUGUUGCUCCACGGUUUCGUCUUCUUCGAUCCAAGAUUGGAGUCGUUGACACUACCUCCAUCUUGCGGGGGCGUAUUAGAGAUAAAGAAUAA